CAGACCUUAUUGCUGGUAGCUCUGUUUCUUAUUUGUAAUUGGGUUCUGGAGAUGGCCGCUCUUUCUUUUAUCGUUCUCUUAUUCACAAUUUUUCAUCCUGUUUUUUCUUUCCUUGACGAAGAUUGCCCUCCAAUUUCCUGCGGAAGCCUGGCAAAACAUUUCCCUUUCACCAACUCAACAAUUCCUGGUUCUUGCAGUCCAUUUAUUGUUGUUGAUGACUGCGGUACAGAAACUCUGAAGAUUCGAUUUUGGAGGGAUUCAGAAAAAUGGUAUGAAAUCCAAAACGUCUCCCAGGCUGAUUUCAUAACUAAUAUUUCUGUCAUUGACAAAGGGCUAAGGUGGAAUUUGAAUUCCAGUAACUGUGAAUCCUUUGAUUGGAGUCUUCCCGAGUCUCCUUCAGCUCAUUUUCAAAUGAUUUCAAAUCUAGCAACCUUAUACAAAUGCAAGCACCCUGUACCUUCUCUAAAUUCUGAUUUUUAUCAUAAAAAUUGCUCCGACUACAGUAUCUUCUACCCUAAAAAUGUUACUGCAAGUUUAUUUCCAAGUCCUCCUGAUUGUUCAAUUCGGCGGCUUCCAAUGAACACCGAAAAUACUGAUGAUCACAAUAUAUUCACAAUGUUCACUGCUAACUUCUCUCUUCAAGUAACCGACCUCGAAGACCUCGAAUACCUCGAAUGUAAAUCGUGUCAAUUAGACGGAGGCAAGUGUUUACGCAAGGAUAAUCCAGAAUUCCCACACUGUCUUAGAAAAAAGCACAAUG